AUGCCCAUUAACAUCAAGCCGGGUGAUCGCAUCGCCCUGGCAACUUGGCCUUUUUUAAGUCAUGCAAACGGUGGGUGCCUGGCUGAUUUCGUCGUUUGCUCGGCCAAUCACGCAGCUUUGAUUCCCUCCUCUGUCUCAGAUGCAAAAGCAGCCGCACUUUCUUACUCUGGCCUUACGGCAUGGUCAGCCCUGGAGGAUGCUGGAGGCUUCGAACCAUUGCCUCACCAUUUAAACCAACAGCCUAGAGCCGGCCCCCGAGUUCUGAUUGCUGGUGCUACCGGUGGUGUCGGCUUAAUUUCACUACAGCUGGCCAAGAUGUGGGGCGCCCAUGUCACCGUGACAGUGCCUGACGAUGCCAGAGCAAAGAAAUUAAUGGAGGAAUUGGGUGCAGAUCAGGUGCAUAUUUCUAGCCUAAUAGUCAUUUGGCUAGCAUUAUUUGCUUUCACUCCACUGCCACUGCACCCAUAA